GCGGUUACGGUUUUUAGCACAGUCGACGUGAUCAUCUCAGACCUGCAGUCGCUGGUCAAGGAGGGCAACAAUUGGAGCGACGACAGCGAGGCAGCAGAAGCCAUGCAUGCAGGGGUAUGGCGCGAUAUUCGUGGGCUGGUGCAUAAACGAGAGUUGUCUGUGCCGAAGUUCCACUGGUGCCCCUCGCACUUGGACUCCCUUGAUGUUGUCGACGGGCUCGACCCACCCGGCCUCGACCCGAUUUGGGCGCUGGGCAACAGUUGGGCUGAUUACUUCGCGAAGCGUGGGGCUGCAGAGAUGACGAUUGCCAAAGGCUACAUGGGAUAUGUGCAGCAUGUGUUCGAUGAAGGCAGGAUGAUGGUACGAUAUCUCAGUUGGGGCUUGGCUCGUCUCUGUCAGCAGCAGCUCUGGGAGAACGAAAAGAAACGGACUUACAGGGAGAAGCACGAGCACUUGGCUAUUCUCGAGCAC